UUUAGUCACAUGACCAUCGUUAUGUAGUUAGCAUAACACUGAGAGAAGCGAUAUGUCGAGCAGAUAUUGUGAUUUGAGUGGGAAACAGCUCAUAAAAUGAGUGAAAAAAGCUCCCAAGAGUCUCCUUAUUUGUGUCGGACUUAAGAUGCCUCUUCAGCUGUGAUUACUCCGCCAAAAUGAGCAUGCAUCCUUUCGGUUGUGAAGCGGAGACUUCUGUCCGUGACCUCUUUGAGUAUUUCAAAAGGUGCCUGCAGCAUGGGGAGUGGGAGCUGGCGAGUGCUUGUGUGCCACAGCUUGUUAAUUCAGUUGGAGGGCUUUCAGAGGAGCUGCAAGACAUCAUCAAAGCUAUUAUCUGCCAUCCUUACAGGUUAAAAUGGGGGCCUAUUGGAAGUCCUCACAAGCUGGCCUGGUUUUGGCUGCAGGUUUUGGAAAAGUGGACAAAAGAGCGGAUUCCUCCUCACAUCAAACAAGAGCUAGAGUUUCUGCUUCUCCUGGAGGAGCUGGGCUCAGAGGGCCUAACGGAGACUCAUAUUCAGGAGUUGCACGAGGCUUUCUUGGCCCUGCGGUCUGAGGAGAGAAGAGAUGAUGCUGCUGUUAAGUCUUCCAUCCAAACACUGUUGGAGAAAAAGAAGCCACGACUUGCUCAGACGUUAGCACAUUUCUUUCAGGACCAGUCGUGCACAGAAGGCCGUGCUCUGCAGCACACCUUCAUCCAACACUUGAUGAAGAAGCUCGGGAAGCCAGAAGGAAGACAUGAAUGGGUGGAGGAGAUUUACUCCGUGCUCUCUCUGCUGCCGUGGUGCUCCCCUAGGAGUGAUGGACAGUUGGAAACGCUGUGUGAGACGCUGUGGGCAGCCAGAGACGGCCCCCUGCAGGAGGAGAGGAUUCUCGGCUCUUUGCUUCGCCCCCGGUGCGACACCCUGCUCUCUGUGUACUGCUCAACGGCUCUGAGGCUGCAGAGAGACCAUCUGCUGAGAAACGCACCUGAAACACGAGCGGAUUUGCCCGAGGCAGAGAAGCUGACUCUCAGCUUGUGUUGCCACAAAGAUCGUCCGUCCGCCUGGAAGACCAUCUUCUUUGAGUGCCUUAAUAGUGGGAAGCACUUCCUGGAGCAGGUCUUGAUCACUGCGCUGGACCUGAUUAAACACGAGGAGUUCAGUCAGCUGAGACGUUUGCUGCAGCAGGAAUUCCAGCCGUUGUCCCGUCUGCUGCUGCUGCUCGGAUGGACUCACUGUCAGAGCCUGACUUCUGCUCAGGUUCUCCUCAGCAUCCUGCAUAAGGAUCAGGCGUCGGCUAAUGACACCGUUCUGCAGGAAUUCUGUCAUCUUUUGACAUCUCAGUUGGGGAUACUGGAAUGGUGUGAAGCCAACAAUCCAGGGAUACCGGAAGAGGCCUUGUUAGCUCAGCUCCACACUCUGGAAAACCACUCAGCUCUCUACAUCCUGCACUCGCUGACCCCACUGGCUCGUUAUGAGGAACACAGGAUAAUAGAGCUGCUACAACUGCCAAGUUUACCUGCCACAGUAGAGACUGGUGGUCUGGGAGUGGAGAGGAAUGUAGUUUUGUUCCAGGGCUUCUGUGCCAUGAAGUAUGCUGUUUAUGCCCUUUGUGUUAACCUCCACAAAUACUCAAACUGCUCUGAGUGUGAGUCUCUGCAGCAUCAGCACCCUUCAGAAGCAGAAAUGGACCAAAACAAAACCUCCUCUGAAGGUUGCAGCUUAAUGUUCCAGCACUACCUGUCAGAGUGUCAGCUCUAUCUGGAGACGGUGCCUGCCAUGUUUCGCCUUGAGCUCCUGGAGAACAUCUUCUCCCUUCUCUUUCUGUCCACCUCUGACUUUGUCCAGCAGCAGCAGACAGAGUCAAACACAGAAACGGAUGCUCACUCGGAGAAUGAAUCAGACACAACAAAUCAAAAUGUGGAAGCAGAGGCCAGAGUUGGUAUGGAUCCGACUGAGCACAGAAGAAGGGAGAGGCAGAGCCUGGAUUUAGGACACCUCGUUCAGGGCUGCAGGGGUUUUUUGGUGGACGCGACGGCCAUGGAGGGUUUUCUAAAGCUGCUGAAAGAAGGGCUGGAGGGCAUGUGCGUGGUAGGGGAGCAGGAGGGUCAGGAAGCAGGGAGAGCGCUGCCUCGAGAGGCAGAGGCAGCGGAGAUUCUCGGCUGCUCUGUGACCGCUGACACAUUCGGAGCUCGCCUGCAGAGGUUGUCCAAACGUACCGCAGAAGCUCAGUGGAGGCUGCAAAUUAUCACCAGCAACCAAGGCGUCAGAGACGGUUCAGAAAGUCCGAUGCAGAUGUCGACGAUCAGCUCCACGGCCACUCCCCUGGGACGCAGCCAACGCCCAAGUUUCAGGAGGAGGAGGAAACUGAGACACUCCGUGGAGAGACAAACCUCUGUGGAGAAACAUAACGGAGAAGUUAGCACAAGUGCAUCAGACAGUGGUGGAGGACUGGUGGCGGGGUGUGUGGAGCUGGAGUUUUGUCCAUGUGGGGGUGCUCACAGCUGGCUGGUCCCUGCCAUGCUGUCUCCUCCAGAGUCACUGCUGAUGUCCUGCAUUCGGCGAGGAAACUUCAUGGAGGCACAUCAGGUGUCUGUGGUUUUUGAUCUGGAGGCGACUGCCUGCUGUGGUGAGCUGGUCUUCAUGGAGCGCUACAAAGAGGUCCUGGUGGAGCUGGCUCAGGUGGAGCAGAAGAUGGAAAGUCAGUCCAUGUCUUCCUCCUCAUCUUCUUCAGAAGGCCUGGGACCAGCAGCUGUGGCGGGGACAGGGAGGAGUCGACUGGGCAGCAGAUCAACGCUGCAGGCCAUUGGAAGUGCUGCUGCUGCAGGAGUUGCUUUCUACUCCAUCUCAGACAUAGCAGAGCGUCUCCUCAGCACCACCUCCCGCUCCCUGGAGGAAGGCUUCUGGCUGAGUCACUGCUCCCCGGAUGAUUCGGGCCUCCUCUACACGCUGCUCGAAGAGUUAAGCCCAGCAGCCAUGGUGGUGUUCGACCUGGCUUGUUGCCACUGUCAGCUCUGGAAAACGUCCCGUCAGCUACUGGACACAGCAGAGCGCCGGCUCCACGGCAGCCUAGAGGCUCGAGGAAUGAAAGUAGACCGAAAAGUGCCUCAUUCUGAGGGGAUCCCUGGAUUUCCCAUGGUGUUGCAACAGAUCAGCAAGAUCCUAAAUCAUUCAGCCUCUCUUAAGGGCUCCAUCAAAGCAGAUGCUGCCGGGGAAGACCAGGUGGCUUGCAGCCCGUUUGGUUGCUGCAUCCAGGAAGUGUUGCUCUGUUGCUCCCCGACGCUGAGCGAAGACGUCAUUGCCGCACGACUCAGUCUGACCCAACGUCUGGAGAACACACUGCAGCACCUGAGCACCGCUACAGAUGCUGCAGAGGGCAGCGCUGGCAGUGCACUUCUGACGCUGCUGGUUGAACAGGCCAGUCUAAAGCAGUCGGAGCUGGAUGCUCAUCCCGUGCGCUCCAGCAUGAAGCAGCUCCUUCGCUCUCUAGACCAGCUCUGCCCCUUCGAACCAGAAAGGGAUGAAGCCAGACCAGAUUAUGUGCGCAGCUUCCUGGAUUACGUUAACACACUAGGGUCCGUGCUGGUGCGGAGCCUCUCCUCAGAAGACCAGAGCAGCCAAGUGAAACUUGGGAAUCCACUACUCGUCUUGCUUCAGACCCCGUUUCAGCUUCUCUCCCACCUGCUGUUUGAUAGACAGGUCUCUCCUAAAAGGGUUCAGCUCCUGCUGCAGCAGGAGAAGCUUCCACUCAGCGUCCAGCAGGUGAUUGUUCAGAGAUGCUGCGAGGCUCUGCCUGUGUGGACCUGCUGUCCAGGUGAGGAAGGAGACGUCAGUCAGGCCAAGAAGGAAGAUGGAUCGUUCGGCGUGUUCUCGUUGUCUCUUCUGCUUCAAAAGCAUGCCCAGGGUUAUGGGAACACUCUGCCAAUCUCAGAGCCACCGUCCGAUGUGAGCUCUGAGUCCGAGGCCUCAGCUGAAGAUCAGUCCACGACGCCCAUCAACCUCUCCACGUCCCCACCUUCUAACUCAUCGUCAUCGUCUUCGUCUUCAUCUUCAGGAAGUUCCUUCCUACUCACCUCAUCAGCGCUGUCUUUCCUGAAGUCCCGCUCCCCUCUGCUGGCUACGCUGGCGUGUCUGAGUGUGUGUAGAGGAGAACUUGCUCGGACUCAGCCCUCUGGGUGGUCUGCCUUUUUCAGCAGCGCCCGUAAGGACGUCGUUCUGGAUGCUGAGCAGAUUUCUCGUGAAGCUGAUGCCCUCCUCAGAGAGUUCCCCAUUUUGCAAGCUUACCUUUACACCAUGGCAGAACCGGUUCUCGGCACCUCCUUAACUGAGGGGGAGGACGGAUCUGCAGGACUUGGUGCACUCCUCUGUGGAAAACCACUGGUCAGCCUCCUCCUUUCUGGACCUCAGGAAGAGACGUCUCAGGCUUUGGCUGCUGAGGCCUUUCAGAACGCUCUCGCCUCCAAAGACCUGGGUCGAGCCCUCAGGCUGCUGGAGCUGUACGGGCAAGGCAGCAGCCAGGAGGGGGCGCUAAGAGACCGCUUACUAGCCUGUGCUGCUUUGGAAGACAGCGCUGAGGACCCGAGUCAGCUGUUCCGAGUGCAGGACGCUAACCUCCGAGCCCGAGUUGCCCUUCAGGCUCUGGAGCGGUGGCCUCUGUCGGCCUCCAUGAAGCUGAUGGAGUUCUGCCUGAAUGACCCCAGCACAGAAACCUCGCUGAAAACACAACUGGAGCUCAAAAUGAAAGAAUUGAGCAUCUACCGCCGGAUGAUGAAUUUACAGCCACCCUUGCCUUGGGCCACCUGGCAGGAGCUGAGAACCGAAUCCAAAACAAACCCAGAGUCCAUCUUGUCUCUGAUUAUGGAAACAAAAGAGUUUUCUCUUUGUGAUGAGUGGGUGGAGCUCUAUCCUGUUUCUGACCAGCUGAAGCUGCAGCUGCAGACCGAACAUUUGCUGCAUCUGCUGGAAAAGGGACAGACGGACGAGGCUUUUCAGCUACUUGAAGGCAUCUCUAAUUUUGUGGUUGGACUGGAUAUUUGUGAGCGCGCUCUGGAUCGCCGCCCAGGAUUGUCUGCGUGUCAUUUCCUGUCUGACUACCUCACCUUGCAUUUCCAGAGGCAGGUGUCUCCAACGCGUCGGAGACGCAUUCAAGCUCUUCAUCUGGGCUCAAAGGUGCUGCUGACUCUGCCCCCAGCUGCCAGGCAGGACUAUUUCCCCCUGCUGUCAGACCCCAUGCUGAUGCUUGAGCAGCUGUUGAUGAACCUGAAGGUGGAGUGGGCAGAGGUGGCAGUGCAAACACUCAGAAGCCUGCUGCUUGGCCAGGAGGCUGGCUUUGGUGCUGAGGACAUAGAUAAGCUUCUGGCAGACUACGCCUGCAAGGCCCUUGACUUCUCCUGUGCUCCCAGAGAGAAGACCCGCUCUGACUCUGUAAUUAGCCUCCAGGAUGCACUGCUGCAGUGUCCUGCUCAGGAGAGCAGCUCUCAGUCCACCAGCAGAAACGAAUCUCCCGCCUCCUCCACAAACAGCACCCCCACACACUCUGGAAACAUCUCGGAUAGGGAGAGGGAUCGACGGCGCCGCUCAUCCGCCAAGUUCCAGCCUCCUGAUCAACCCCCGGCCCGUAAGGACUGGGUUCCCGACACCCAGCAUGAUGUGUGCAUGGUCUGCCGGCGAGAGAGGUUCACUAUGUUCAACAGGAGGCAUCACUGUCGCAGAUGCGGCCGUCUUGUUUGCAACGCGUGCUCAGAGCGGAAGAUGCCUGUUGAUGAGUGUCCUGAAGAGGAAGUCCGAGUCUGUGAUCAGUGUUACGCCUACUUUCACUCGGACUCCGAUACGGAAUCUGACUCAGCCGAAGUGAUUGGAAGCCCCGUGGUCACACAGGAAUGUCUGGAUGGGAGGCUGCACCUGCCUGAAGCGUUCCAUCGACAGUUCCAGCUCAGCACUGACCCACGGGAGAACCAGCAGCAGCGGAGCGAGUUCUACUAUGAACAGGCCCCCAGUGCCUACCUCUGCGUGGCCAUUUUGUCUCUGCACAGCGACCAAGCUGCCUGCGGGCACCAGCUCAUCAGCCACUGCCGCUCCCUGUCCUGUAAACUGACCAACCCAGAGGUGGACGCCUGCCUCCUGACAGACAUCAUGCAGCAGCUGCUGUUCAGUGCCAAACUGAUGUUUGUGAGAGUCGGUCACAGCCAGGACCUGGCCUUAUGUGACAGUUACAUCAGUAAAGUGGACCUGCUGAAGAUUCUUGUGACAGCUAAUUAUAAAUACAUUCCUUGUUUGGAUGACAUCCUGGAGACAUCAGCGGUCACGCGUCUCCGCAAUCAGCUGUUGGAAGCAGAACACUACAAGCUAGCAGUAGAGGUGUCAACAAAGAGCGGCCUGGACCCCAGCGGGGUGUGGCAGGCAUGGGCGCUGGCUUCUCUGAAGGGUGGAUAUCUGUCAGAAGCAAGAGAGAAGUUUGCUCGCUGCUUGAAGGCUCCAGUGGACCGAAACCAGCCCAACCUCGGCCCCCCUUUGCUGCAGGAAGUUGUCCAACACCUGGAGACCACUGCACAGCCCACUCAGGCCACGUCUCACGGUGAAGACAUAUUAGCAUCCCUUCGUCAGCUGGAGGAUGCUCUGUCCGAGGUUGGUCCUGCAGAGCGACAAGAGGGACCGAUUCAGAGCAGCGCCCUUCACCAGGAGUGUCUCUACUAUCUACAGACAUACGGCACUCACCUGGCUCUCAUCAGUUUCUAUAUGCGUCACGACUGUAUGAAAGAGGCUCUGAUAUUCCUUCUGAGCAAAGAUUGCUCAGAUGAGGCGUUUCUAGAUGGGGUGUUGCAGCCCAGUCUGGAGCGAGGUCUUUUCAGCAAGCUGCGGGGCAUAAUAGAAAAACUGGAUCCCAGCCUGGACAGGUGCAGCCGCUACCUCAUUGCUUCCUGCCAGUUCCUACAGAGACGAGGACUCUACCACUGUCUGUACCAGCUGCAGCAGUUCAUGAUGGAUCACGUACGCGCCGCCAUGACCUGCAUACGGUUCUUUACACACGGAGCAAGUUCAUACCUACAGCUGGGAGAGCAGCAGCGCUGGCUGGUCAGAGCUAAAGAGCACCUGAGGACGUACCUGCAGGAGCAGCAAGGUCGAGGUUCUGGGAGGAAAAAGUCGAUGGGCAACACAUUCAGGAAGAUGAUGUCAUCCAGUGAUGUGUCCAGACACAUGAAUACAAUCGAACUGCAGCUGGAGGUGACUCGUUUCCUGCAUCGCUGUGAGAGCGCCUCCUCCAAAUCCUCGAAGACUAGCACGCUGUCCUCUGGGUCCACCUCACUGCCGACACUGUUUGGUGGUAGUCCUGUGAAGAUCGAGGUUGCCUGCAAGGUGAUGCUUGGAGGGAAGAACAUAGAGGAAGGGUUUGGUAUUGCCUACAGAGUCAUACAGGACUUCCAGCUGGAGGCCCAGGCCGUCUACGUCCGAGCCGGCCACAGGCUUGUCCGGCAGAGGCAGUAUGGAGCUGUGCGGCAGCUGCUCAAAUGUGUGGGCGAAUCUGGUACGGCCACCAAGAACGACUGUGAUUCCCUCAUCCUCAACUGUGUCAAAGUUGCAGAUAAGGGGCCAACUGAUGCCAAAGAACUGGAAAGUCUCAUUCUGGAGAUAAAAACCACAGAAACGAAGAUCGAAGCUUACCUGGUCUGCGGGAAGCUGAGGCCAGCCUACCUGUUGGCAGUAAAGCUGGAGUCGGGCCGAGCGGGCCCGUUGGUCCGGGACGUCCUCCAAGCAGCUGAGGAAGCACACGACUCGGUGAUGCAGAACAUCUGUCGCCAGUGGCUCUCUGAGCACAACAAAACAUCUGUGCAGCGCCAGGCCCGGCCCAAGGCCAGGUGAAGGUGUGGUUGUUACCACAAAGGAGCGUUUACACGGACACUCACAGGGACUUUUGGGAAAAGAGAGGCACAAGCGGCACUUUUUACAUUAAUCCGUUUGUUCAAAUCUGACAAAUAAGUCAUAAUCACUAAAUAAAUCAUUAGACACGCCCACGUGGUGACAAUUAACCCACACUUUACUAGCAGCCGUUUAGUCUUUAGGAAUCAGAAAGUUAAGAAGUUGUGAUUUUGUGUUACAGAAGUUUGUCGGAUUAACUUUAGAAACUUGAAUUGUUUAAUAUGCAAAUGACCUUCAGACUGAACUUCUAGGGGUUUAUUAGACUUGAGCUCGCUGACUAGUUUGUAUCUCUUGAAGACCAGUAGCCUAACUUUACUGUGAGAUCCCCCUGUUACCAAAGAAGGAAGCUAUAAAAGGCUCAUAAAAGUUUACAUCAUGAAUUCAUCUGAUUCUAACCUUGUUUUCCCAUUAGUUUUCCAUGAAAACAGUUUCAUUUCUGCUCUGACUAGACCCCAGAUCAGAAUUGUAGUAAAAUGGUUUGAUGGGAAGCGUGUUAAGAACCGAACCUCUCAGCCUUCCUGUCCGGUGUAACGCUGUGAAUCACCACUGUGCUCUUGACCACUUCUCUGAACUUUAUUUGACAUCUGUGUGAUUUCUGAUGUGAGGUAAUGACAGGAAUUCACACGUUUUGUAAUAGUUUAUCAUCUCCUACCUCAGCCUAAAGGGAAAAAAAGUUUAACUGACUUGUUUAUUUUAUAACAAAAUUCCCAAUUACGUUACAUUUGACAAAAACUGAAAAAUAAUUUUCUUGUUCCCAAUCGUUCACCUACCCAGAACACACUGUGGACGAUUUACAGUUUUGUUUUUUAUUACUUAUCAAAUCAUUUAAAUUAUUGAAGGACAUUUUCUGAUGUUGCUGAAGCCAUUUCCUGUCAGGAUGGAUGCAGAAAGGGAUCUAGUUUAUGUCUAGAAGGUUUAUCCCAGAAACUUUACUGUUUUGUGUUUUUCUUUGUGGGCAACAUUGCCAGCAUCUGUCUGGAACUAAACCUCUGACUAUCAGAGAACAAAAAGUAACCGAUCCCGAAACAUUCAACAAACACCCAGUGUUAAAUAUGCCUGUAGGUGUUUAUUUUGGGGCUGUGAGUUUAAUUACGUGGUGGAGAAUCGUGUUUUUACUCUGAGGAGAUGCUGUCAUUGCUUCACCUUGUUUCUCUGAUGCUUUCUAAUUCUUCUUACCUUUGACUGUUGAGACACAUCACUGCCGCACUUUAUACUUGAAGAAAUUGUUAAUUAUUUUCAAUUGUCUGUCAUUAAAAAAAAUAAAUGGAAACAAUAAAUAUUACGAAAA